AUUCAUUGUAUGUCGUUAUCCACGCCAACAAACUUUCCUAUUCCUGUUCUUCAUUUUUGCAUUUAAAACUGAUGGCCUCUUGAUUCAAUCCGCCGCUCGAAUUCAUCGCCUCUAAUUACCAUCGCCGCUCAUUUUCAUUUAGACACAGUACCCGUCAACCCCUAACACCAUGCAGCCGCAGACGCGAAAGGUCAUCAUCGACACGCUGCUAAUAGUCGCCACCCAGGUCCUGACAUACUAUGGAAUCCGCUACCUCUUAUCUAACGCACGUGGCAGCAGCAGCACGGAGUCGCAGGGCCAAAAGGAGCGUGGAAAGGAGGUGGCCAAGCGGCUGAAGCUGACCGGGCUCAAGCUCAACGAGUACGAGGCCACGAUUAUGGGCGAGGUUGUGCUUCCCGAGGACGUCCCAGUGACAUUUGCGCAGAUCGGUGGCCUUGACGACAUUAUCCAGGAUCUCAACGAGUCUGUAAUUUACCCGCUCAAUCAUCCGGAGCUGUUCACCAGCCGCUCGGGCCUGCUUGGAUCGCCUAAGGGCAUCUUGCUUUACGGGCCGCCCGGCUGCGGCAAGACCAUGAUGGCUAAGGCGCUGGCCAAGGAAUCUGGCGCCGUUUUUAUUAACGUGCGCUUGUCGACCCUUCAGGACAAGUGGUUUGGCGAGUCUAACAAGCUGAUCCGCGCUGUAUUCUCGCUCGCUGAGAAGCUGCAGCCAUCUAUUAUUUUUAUUGAUGAAAUCGACGCUUUUCUGCGCACUAGGGCAUCGGCCGAGCAUGAGGUCAGCUCGACAAUGAAGGCCGAGUUUAUGACCCUGUGGGACGGGCUCACAUCGGCUGAGGGAUCUCGAGUCGUGGUCUUGGGCGCAACCAACAGGCCCAAUGACAUUGACACGGCGAUUCUGCGCCGGAUGCCCAAAAAGUUCUUCAUAAAGCCUCCAGGCAGUGACCAGCGCCAUCAGAUUUUGAGCAUUAUGUUGAAAAAUGCUGAUAUGGAGGACGGCUGGACGCUCGAUGCGCUGGUCGUUGCGACUGCAGGCAUGUCUGGAAGCGAUUUGAAGGAAAUGUGCCGGAAUGCUGCCAUCAAGCCACUUCGUGAGUACAUUCGCACGAAUCCCGUUGAGCUCCAGAGAUACAAGGAGCAGCAGGACAAUUCCGAGCACGAGCUGGAGCGCCAGGAAUUGCGCGACACCAUCAACUUGCGGCCGCUGAAUAUGGGUGACUUUGAAAUACCCAGCAGAGCGCACGCGCACAUGAUCAGUCAGGCAUACAACUUGAAAGAGGACCUCCAUGCGCUGCGCAGCGAGGCAUUGGACUAGAGAACCCAUUUUGCUGGAUGAAGCCUUAUAAAUUGAAUACAUUGUUACAUUGUUACAUAGAGUUAAAA